AGAGUCAUUUAUGAAAUGGGGAAGGAGAAGCUCCACAUAAACAUUGUGGUAAUAGGACAUGUUGACUCCGGCAAGUCCACCACCACCGGCCACCUCAUCUACAAGUGUGGGGGCAUUGACAAGAGAACCAUCGAGAAGUUUGAGAAGGAGGCUGCUGAGAUGGGAAAGGGCUCCUUCAAAUAUGCCUGGGUCCUGGACAAGCUGAAGGCAGAGCGUGAGCGCGGCAUCACCAUUGAUAUCUCUCUUUGGAAGUUUGAGACCAGCAGGUACUACGUCACCAUCAUCGACGCUCCAGGACACAGGGACUUCAUCAAGAACAUGAUCACAGGGACUUCUCAGGCCGACUGCGCUGUACUGAUUGUGGCUGCAGGCGUGGGCGAGUUUGAAGCUGGCAUCUCUAAGAACGGGCAGACUCGUGAACACGCCCUCCUUGCCUACACCCUGGGAGUGAAGCAGCUCAUUGUGGGCAUCAAUAAAAUGGAUUCCACUGAGCCCAACUACAGCCACAAGCGCUACGAGGAGAUUGUGAAGGAAGUCAGCACCUACAUCAAGAAGAUCGGCUAUAACCCUGACACGGUGGCCUUUGUGCCCAUCUCGGGUUGGAAUGGAGAUAACAUGCUGGAACCCAGCCCUAAUAUGACCUGGUUCAAGGGCUGGAAGAUCAACCGUAGAGAUGGUAAUGCCUCAGGCACCACACUGCUGGAGGCUCUGGAUGCCAUCCAGCCCCCCUCGCGCCCCACCGACAAGGCCCUCCGUCUGCCUCUGCAGGAUGUCUACAAAAUUGGAGGCAUUGGUACCGUACCAGUGGGACGAGUGGAGACUGGAAUCCUCAAAUCUGGCAUGGUGGUGACCUUUGCUCCUGUCAACGUGACCACUGAGGUCAAGUCUGUGGAGAUGCACCACGAGGCUCUAACUGAGGCGCUACCUGGUGACAAUGUGGGCUUUAACGUCAAGAACGUGUCUGUGAAGGAUAUUCGCCGUGGGAAUGUCGCUGGAGACAGUCGGAACGACCCGCCACAGGAGGCGGCCAGCUUCACCUCUCAGGUGAUUAUCCUAAACCACCCGGGUCAGAUCAGUGCGGGCUACGCCCCUGUGCUGGACUGCCACACUGCACACAUCGCAUGCAAGUUCGCUGAGCUCAAGGAAAAGAUUGACCGUCGCUCAGGUAAGAAGCUCGAGGACAACCCCAAGGCCCUGAAGUCUGGAGAUGCUGCCAUUGUGGACAUGAUCCCUGGCAAGCCCAUGUGUGUGGAGAGCUUCUCCGAGUACCCACCACUUGGGAGGUUUGCCGUCCGUGACAUGCGUCAGACGGUGGCGGUGGGAGUGAUCAAGGGCGUGGACAAGAAAGCCCCCACCAGUGGUAAGGUCACCAAGUCAGCACAGAAGGCGCAGAAAGUCAAAUGA